GACGUGGAUUUCCAGGAAGACAUUGAUUUCUGGGAAGACAUGGAGUUCCGGGAAGACGUGGAUUUUCAGGAAGACGUGGAUUUCCAGGAAGACCUGGGUUUUUUGGAAGACUUGGAUAUCUGGGAAGACAUGGUUUUCCAGGAAGACAUGGAUUUUAAGGAAGACGUAGAUUUUCAGGAAGACAUGUAUUUCAGGGAAGACCUGGAUAUUCAGGAUGAUCUGGAUUUUUGGGAAGACUUGGAUUUCCGGGAAGACAUGGAUUUCCAGGAAGAUAUGGAUUUCCAGGAAGACAUGGAUUUCCAGGAAGACGUGGAUUUUCAGGAAGACGUAGAUUUCCAGGAAGACAUUGAUUUCUAGGGAGACCUGGAUUUUUUGGGAAGACUUGGAUUUCCAGGAAGACGUGGAUUCCAGGAAGACAUCGAUUUCCAGGAAGACAUGGAAUUUCCGGAUGAUGUAGAAAUUCAGGAAGACGUGGAUUUCCAGGAAGACCUGGAUUUUUGGGAAGACUUGGAUUUCCAGGAAGACAUGAAUUUCCAUGAAGAAGUGGAUUUCCAGGAAGACAUGGAUUUCUAGGAAGACCUAGGUUUUUGGGAAGACUUGGAUUUCCAGGAAGACAUGGAUUUCCAGGAAGACAUGGAUUUCCAGGAAGACGUGGAUUUUCCGGAAGACAUAGAUAUUCAGGAAGACAUGGAUUUUCAGGAAGACCUGAAUUUUUUGGGAAGAUGGAUUUUCCAGGAAGAUGUGGAUUUCCAGGAAGACAUGGAUUUUCAGGAAGACAUGGAUUUUCAGGAAGACAUAGCUUUUCAGGAAGAUGUGGAUUUCUAGGAAGACCUGGAUUUUUGGGAAGACAUGGAUUUUCAGGAAGACGUAUAUUUUCGGGAAGACAUGGAUUUCCAGGAAGACCUGUUUUUUUGGGAAGACUUGGAUUUCCGGGAAGACAUGGAUUUUCAGGAAGACGUGGAUUUUUAGGAAGACAUAAACUUUCAGGAAGACGUGGAUUUCCAGGAAAACCUGAAUUUUUUGGAAGACUUGGAUUUCUGGGAAGACAUGGAUUUCCAGGAAGACAUGGAUUUUCAGGAAGAUGUAGAUUUUUGGAAAGACAUCGAUUUUUGGGAAGACCUGGAUUGAGAAGACUUGGAUUUUGGGGAAGACCUGGAUUUUUGGGAAGACAUAGAAAUUUGGGAAGACAUGGAUUACUUGGAAGACAUGGACUUCCUGGAAGCUGUGGAUUUGAUGGAAGACAUGGAUUUUCUGGAAGAUGUAGAUUGAUGAAAGACCAGAAGAUUACUGGAAGACAGAUAUUGGGAAGACAUAAAUUUUCUGGAAGACAUGGAUUUUCAGGAAGAUCUGAAUUAUCUGGAAGACCAAGAUUAUUUGGAAGACAUGAAUAUGUGGAAGACUGAGAAGUUUCUGGAAGACAUCGAU